AUGGACACCCCGGGGUACUCGCUGGACGACCUGCUCACCGAGGACUUGGACCGGGUGGGCCGCCCCGCCAUGCCCACGCUCCCCAAGUUCGACAUGCUGCGCAUCCAGGAGUUUUCCAAAGAAGUGCUGUUGGCGAUCCAGAACUAUAUCGGCGAAGUGAACGCGGGCGAUGACGCGAGCACCCAGCUCAUAAACAGCAUCAAAACCCUGCUUGCGCUGCGGAUCCUGAUGUCCAAUGUCCUCAAUGACCUCAACUUAGGUAUCUCGCUUGCUACCGCCAUCGACCGGCUCCAACCGCUCACAGAUAUCAUCCACGAAACGGUGUGUUUGCCUGUGGACGACGACCUGGACGGCGGUGAGUUUGAAGCAGAUGAUGAAACUGAGCCGGUGGGGGUGGCAGAGAUUGCCAUUGGCGAACUGCCGUUCGUCAGCGACUUUGUGCGGCCACAAACACCUCCGAGAACUCCAAGAGCGAGAGCUAAAAAUAAGUUUCUUUUACUGGUGGCGCUGGAUAAUGAUCUGGGAAUGCUUACUAGUGACUGGGACGAUGUGGAAGGUUUAACUCCUGACCAAGUUCAUGAGCUCACUGAUUUACUGAAGGAAGACUAUGCUCUGGAAAAUGUGCUUAGAGCGAGAAUCCAACACAUUACCAAGAUGGAGUUGACUCAAAGGGCAAAGAAUAAGUUGGUGACUCGGUUGAUGAUGGGUAAUUACUCCAAGUACCAGGUAUUACCCGCAAUUAACAAUACCCCUGUCCCAAAGCCAGAAGAAGAUAUCCUUAAAAGUGAAGUUGACGAUGACGACCAAAAUAAUACUCUGCUGGAGGAAGUGGAAGUGUCUCAAGAAGAUUACGACCCGCUUUAUCAUUCCCCGGGUGUUUAUGGGUGUACCCACUACAUGCUGAACUGUAAGCUUGAGUGUCCUGAUUGCCAUCGGUGGUACGUGUGUCGGUUCUGUCACGAUGCUGAGGUGGAAGAUCACAAAUUGGCUCGUAACAAAGUGAAACACGUGCUUUGUAUGUGGUGUGGUACCCCUCAGGAGCCCGAAACUAACGAGUGUGUCGAAUGUGACCAGGAAUUGGCCCGCUAUUUCUGUCGCAAGUGUGUGCUUUACGAUAACGAUCCUUCGAAAGAUAUCUAUCACUGUGACAAAUGUGGUAUCUGCCGGCUUGGUCUUGGUCUCGAUAAGGAUUACUUCCACUGUGACACGUGUAACAUCUGUCUUUCGGUGGAGCUUAGAGAAAAGCAUAAAUGCGUUUCAAAUACCACCCACUCAAAUUGUCCCAUUUGUCUGGAAUACUUAUUUACUCUGGUAAAGAAGGUGGUGUUUAUGCUGUGUGGUCAUCUGAUCCAUCAACACUGCUAUGAUGAUAUGAUCAAGCACUCAUACAAGUGCCCAAUUUGCAAGAAAACAGUGCUGAAUUGCGAUACUCAGUUCCGUAUCUUGGACCAGGAGAUCGCUCAGCAACCAAUGCCCCCACCGUAUAACCAGUGGCGGUGUAUCAUAUCUUGUAAUGACUGCAAGGGCAAGAGCAAUGUUGCUUACCAUGUGUUGGGGUUGAAGUGUACUUAUUGCAAGAGUUUCAAUACUAACCAAGUACGGCUUAUCAAGCCUGAAGAUGAGGAUGAAGCAGAAGAGGAAGUAGAAGGGUCUACUGGUUUCGACGAAGGAGUAAUCCGUCUGGUUCGCCGUAACAUCGGCACUAAUUUUCGCAUGGGCGACGGGUUUGAGGAGGAUGAAGGGUACCAGGAGGAUAAUGAGGGGGAGGAGGAAGUAGAAGCCGACGACAGUCGGUUCGGUACGUUGCGCACGAUGUUCCAAAAUUUCAUUAAUAACGCCACUCAGGUGGUUGACGACGACGACGCCAUGGUUGGAGGUUUAUAG